CCGCGUGUCUCGUGCUUCAAGCUUCUCGUUGCCUACCUAAGCAGCUAAUUUCCUACCGCUCGUCAUUCCAUUCUAUUCCUUGUAUCAUCCAACAAUCACCUAUGUAUGUAGAUACGUAGGUAGGUAAAUAAACUACCUUAGUGCAUUACCAAUCUAAAGAAGCCCAAGGGCACAACCAAACUUCAGCUUUCACCAGUCAGUAGUGAUUACAGCAGAUCUCCCGUUCUUCAUAAUAAAGUGAUUCCUUGAACUUCAUGGGUAUGGCACCGCCCGCCGAGAUCACCAUUCCGACAACUUCCCUCCAUUCUCCCACCGAUAACUCCAAGCCGUAUACCCUCUAUAACAUUACUCUACGCCUACCUCUACGCACCUUCGUUGUACAGAAGCGGUACUCCGAUUUUGUUGCCCUGAAUCAAGCCUUGACCUCCUUAGUCGGCUCUCCACCGCCUGCUCCCUUACCAGCGAAAUCAUGGUUUAAAUCUACUAUCAACUCUCCCGAGUUAACCGAGGAUCGUCGUCGUGGUCUCGAAUCCUAUCUCCGAACUAUCGCAGAAUCACCUGAUCGACGAUGGCGCGACACGCCAGCCUGGCGCACUUUCCUCAACCUACCGAGUAUGAGUAGCACUGGCAAUAGUGCGGCCAGCAUACGAGCUGGCUAUGGUAUCGCCAACAAAGACGCCGCUAAUGCCGCCGCCUCCCAGGACCCGGGCACGUGGCUCGAUUUACAUGGGGAAAUGAAAAGGGAUUUUCAGGAGGCGCGGCGAUUCUUGGCCAAGAGAGACAGCGCGACGGAUAACUCUACAGCACUCGAAGCUGGCUCGGCUGCUAAGAAGGCAUUGGUUAGGGCCGGCUCCUUGCUGACUGUUCUGGGAGAUGGCUUGAGGGUAAUGCAGGACACGAAGAGAUUGGGCGAGGGUGAAAUCAGGCGGCGGAAAGAUCUGCUCGCGGCUGCGCGGGUCGAAAGGGAGGACCUAGAUAGGCUGAGCACGUCGGUAUCCGCCGCCGCGAAAGCCUCGCAAAGGGGCAUGCCUUCAGCUGCUGAUAAGGCGGCAUUGAUGGGCAGUGGACCGAAGCCGCGUGGAAGAGUGCUAGGCGCUCCAUUGCCAGAAAGUGAGCGUACGCGAGAAUUAGAUAAUCAGGGGGUGGUGCAGCUGCAGAGACAGAUGAUGAAGGAGCAAGACCAAGAUGUGGAUGAUCUCGCCAAGAUCAUCCGAAAGCAGCGAGAGAUGGCCGAGGCGAUCCAUCGCGAAGUCGAGGAACAGACUGAGAUGCUAGAUCACGUCAACAACCAAGCAGACAUCCUAAGCGGCAAGGUCAAUGUCGCCAAAAACCGAACCAAGAAGAUUUCUUGACUCGACUUAACCGUCGGAUCAGCAGUCAAGGGAUGUCUCCUCCUAGUCGAAUUCAUUCUUCGAGCCAUGUGGCUUAUCCAGGGCAUCUUGCAGUGGACUACCUGGUGUAUCGAAGCUGUAUUCCUCUUGGCGAAGGUUGACUAGGCGCGCGGAUACGCGUACUAUCCCUGUAGUAUAUAAGCUCGCCUACAAUCGCGGAAUGCUACUACAUAUGUACGUUACCUAGUGGGCCGAGUUGGGGAGUACGCAUUAGUUUGUUGGGUUGAAUGGGUAGAAACGGAACCAUUAUUCCGCCGCGUCUUGAUGGCCGGCUUGGUCAUCUUGUAUCAUGGAGUAUAAAGUAGGAUUUUACGGGGUGAGGGCUGCUGUACUACAAUAUACCAUCUAGUUCCAGCAUGAGAUAUAUAUCCAAUAGAAUCGAAAUUGUACAUAGUGUUACCUGGGGUGUGCAUACAGUGCACAGUGUAUUUGGGCCUACAUAAGCUAGAGUAAGGUCACGUGACUACCCUUGAGCAACUA